AUGAAUGGCCUUAUAAUAGAGAGCCCACGCGAUCGCAGCACUCCUACCGUCCUCAUGGGUUACUGUAUUUUACUGAUUGCUUUCAUUCAUGUCGGCAACGUUCUAGCACAGUCAUGCGCAGAUGGUGGAGUUGGACCUUGCCUUUCUGGAACGUGCCCUCCGUCGUUUACUUGCCUAACCAAUAUUGACAGUUGUUGUGACAAUAGUCAGAUCGUACCUGCUCCUACUCCACCUCCACCAGUAACCACUGCACCUCCUGUAACAGUUCCUCCAGUAACCGUUCCACCAGCUACCGUUCCCCCAGUUGUGACUGCUGGCCCAGGAGUCACUGUACAAACUACAGCGGCUUCUACAACCUGUGUGGACAAACUUAAUGCAGCGACAGGCUCUUCCGACUGCCCUUCUAUGGCAUCGUAUUGUAACAAUGCAGUCUACUACAACCUUAUGACUGAACAAUGUCCAAGGACAUGUGGACGUUGCUCGUCGUCAUCUUCUCCUACUACUAACUCCACUUGUGUGGAUAAGAUAAAUACAGCGAAAGGCUAUUCCGAUUGCCCUUCAAUGGCCUCGUACUGUAACGUUGCUUCUUACUACACCCUUAUGACUGAACAGUGCCCAAAAACAUGUGGACGCUGUUCGUCGUCGUCCAGCACGACCGCUCCAACAUGUAAGUUGUUUUACUGCCACCAUUAA